CACCGGAAGUCCACCUACGCGGCGACCUAAUCCUACGCGGCGGAAACAAAAUAGGCAUGACUGAAUAACAAAGCCCACAAGAACUUUCUAAUGGAGUUAAGUGGCUCAAGAUGGAAGGGGAAGGGCUUUGCUGACAUUGCUGCAGAGAAUCCCAUGUCUGAAAUUGUGAGGAAACUCAAAUAUUUUCUCACUCAAUCAAAAGAAACAGCUAUGCUUUCCGGCUGUGUCUCCCUCCUUGAGGCAAAGACAGAACUUGCAGACCUUUUGAACCGCUCUUGCUUCGGCCGCCAGAUCACCACAUCAGAGAAGGCCAACCAUUGGUUUCAGCUGAGUUCGGAAGAAACCUUCUAUAUGCUUCAUGAUCUCCAAUCCUUAACUAUCAUAAACCAGACCGAGAGCCCUCUCAGUGAAUUGGAGCUAUGGAAUUAUAUGAAAGUUAACAAGGAAAGAUUUCCAGAGCUCUACAUGGCAUAUGCUCAUCUCAGAAGGAAGAAUUGGGUGGUUCGAACUGGAGCUCAAUAUGGUGCGGACUUUGUGGCUUAUCGUCAUCACCCAGCUCUUGUGCAUUCUGAUUAUGCUGUGGUUGUUCUUCAGGAAGGUGAUGGCAUUGUCCAGAAGAAUGGGAGACUGCGAGCUUGGUCGGAUUUGCAGUGCAGUCUUCGAGUGAGUGGAAGCGUCGCGAAGACAUUGCUUGUUCUUUUUGUCAACAGGAAUGGAAGUGAUGGAGCUUUCCCUUCUUGUUUGCAACAUUUCAGUGUUGAGGAGAGAACAAUCACUAGAUGGGUUGCAGAGCAAUGCAGGGAGGACGAGUGAAGCCUUAUACUUGUGCUCGCCAUCUUCAUUGUGUCUUAGUGAUCUCAUUGGAGAUCUAGAAUAUAUAUAUCUUACGGGGAGAACCAUUGGAACGAGUUUUGGAUUCCUUAAUCUCAAAGCAUCUAAGAGAGUAAGGUUUUUCGAAAGGAUGAAUGAUGGGGACAUCAGAUCGUGGAAGGUUUACCAGAGACGUGGUCGCCGAUCUACGGCCACGAUAGAUUCAUUGUAUUUCUGAUUAUGUCAUGUACUGUUUUUAUUUUCAUGUCGUGUACUUUGCUUAUUUUAUUUAUUUUCCGUUGUACCCUUCUAGUGAAUGGGUGUUGUAUGUAAGCCCCGAGGGCAUGUUAGUCUUUUAUUUCUUGAGUCUUUUAUACUAGGCUAUUUAUAGCUCAUUGUUCUAUUUUCUGAGUAAUAAAUGAUUAUUAUAAAAUUUUCCUA